UUCCUUUUUAUAAUUUCCCUGGUUUAACACUAACCACCCUUCUCUUUCAUCAUUUACACUGCUCCGUAUUUUUUCAUUUCCCUCAUCUUUAAUGGUCAGUCCUCUCUCUUCUUUGCUUAAGAGGCGAUAGAGAGAGGAACGAAGACCCAUAUUUACGCCUUCGUAAAUCUUGCUAUCAAUGCUGACCAAUUUUAUCCUGCACAGAUUCAAUUAUACCCAUGUUCUAUCAUAAGGGAACAAAUUACCUACAUUGUCUAUGGCUAACAGAGGUGAUGUCUUGAGGUGGGAUUUCAUGGGGUGAACUCGAGGUACCAUGGGUAGCUUCAGUGACGAUGAAGGGGAAUGUCGGUAUUUUGAUGCCCCUGAGACUAUUGCUCAGGGAUCUGAUUUAUGUUCUAGUUGCCUGGAGUCUACCUCUGAUAGCUAUGAAUAUGAUUUGUGGGUUCGAAGGCCCAGAAGUGUAAGAGAGCGCCGUAGGAAGUUCCUUGAUGAAUGGAUGGACUUAUCGUUAGAUAGGGUGCCCAGUGAAGAUCCAGAUGAUUUAUAUGGUGGUGCCAAUGCCCUUAGUGAAGAGAUUGAUCGAAUUAUGGUAAGCACUGGGUCUGUGCUGCGAAACUCCAUCUCUAAAGAUGAAUUUUCCUUUAGCCAAUCUUCUGCGUCGGGUUCAUCACAAGAGUCGGGUUCACUUGCGAACUUCAUAUUUGGAAGUGGCAAUACAGAUUGCGAAGUGGACUGCAAAGAACGCAGUUUGGCAGAGCAUUUCAUGUCAAGUAAUCACCCAAAUGUGGGGUUAGACUUUGAGGAUCGUUCGUGUGAAUCCCCCUCGGCUCAGCAACGCAGACAAAGAGAAAGUCCGGUGAAUGGGAAAGCUCAGACGAUACUGAAAAGAGUGAAGAGUCAUUGCUUGAAUAGAUUGCGCUUGAUUAGAGACUUAAUGAAUAGUGAAGGGAAAACAGAGAAUUUAAAAUCCGAUGCCUCUAGCCCUAUUCACGGGACUGGAGUUCAGAGGGUUAAGGUUAACCACUGUAGAAAGAAUUCGAAGGAACUAUCUGCCCUUUUUAUGGGGCAAGAUAUUCCAGCGCAUGAUGGUUCGAUUCUAACAAUGAAAUUCAGCCUUGACGGGCAGUAUCUAGCAAGUGCUGGUGAAGAUAAGAUUUUGCGUGUGUGGCAAGUUGUAGCAGAUGAGAGAUCCAGUGACUUUGAUAUCCCAGAGUUCGAUCCAUCAUGCUUAUACUUUUCAGUGAACCAUCUUUCUCAAUUGACACCCAUGGCAUCAGAGAAAGAAAGAAUUCAUAAAUUGACAGGCAUCAGAAAAGCAGCAGACUCGGCCUGUGUCAUUCUCCCUCCCAAGGUUUUUCGAAUUCAGGAGAAUCCUCUACAUGUUUUCCAUGGGCACUGUGCAGAGAUUUCGCAUCUUUCCUGGUCAAAGAAUAACCUUCUUCUUUCUUCCUCAAUUGACAAAACUGUGCGUCUUUGGCAAGUUGGAUUGGACCAGUGCCUUAGAGUAUUUUCACAUAGUAAUUAUGUUACCUGUGUUGAGUUUAAUCCUGUAAACGAUGGCUACUUCAUUAGCGGUUCAAUUGAUGGAAAGAUACGUAUUUGGGCUACUGAUGGUGGUCAAGUAGUUCACUGGGCUGAAAUAAGAGACAUAGUCACCGCUGUUUCAUAUCAUCCAAGUGGUCAGGGCGGGAUUAUUGGGUCUAUAACAGGCACUUGUCACUUUUUCAACGUAACAGAGAAUCGCAUCCAACUGGAACCACAACUUUGCAUGAUCAGUAAAAAGAAGUCCCUCGACAAAAGGAUUACUGGCAUUCAGUUUGUUCCAAGUGACCCCAGCAAAGUAAUGGUUACUUGUGCGGACUCCGAUGUCAGAAUCAUCAACGGGAUCAAUGUGAUUGGCAAGUAUAAAGGGCCUCGGAAUUGUGGGCAUCAGAUCUCUGCCUCUUUCACGUCCGAUGGGAAGCAUAUUAUCUCUGCAGCUGAAGAUUUUAACGUUUAUCUGUGGGAUUACGCUAGUCCUAAAGAAUCUUCCCCGUCCAAAACGAAAGUGGUGAGGGGACUCGAGUUCUUCUCAGGUGAUGCGUCUGUUGCAGUGCCUUGGUCCGGCUUGAAAUUUAGAGAGCCAGAUAGCGGGUGUGAGUCAAAUGGAGGCGAUGAAACUUUAAAUAGCGGUUUGCCCUUCUCUUUCACCUCUCUGGGCCAUGAAUUUUUCUUGGAGGCGAUUCCUAAGUGCUCUGCAACUUGGCCGGAGGAAAAGCUUCCUGUAUCGAGUGCCCAUAAUUCACCGCCCAUGUCCAAGUCUGAAUACAAGUUCCUCAAGAGCUCUUACCAAAUUUCAUCUUCGAGUCACGCCUGGAGUUUAGUUAUUGUCACUGCAGGGUGGGAUGGGCGGAUUAGGUCGUUCCACAAUUAUGGAUUGCCAGUACGGCUGUAAAGAAGAGAGUGGUCAGAAAACGCGAAAAUAACAUUUGAGUUGGCACGCCUCAAUGCUGCCGAAGCAUGCAUGUGAUCUGGUCGUUCGAGAGAGAGAGUUGCAGGGCAGAGGAGGCGUACGGAAUGGCUCCAUUUGGGUCCCUUGGGAUAUACAUACAUAUAUACAUACAAACAACAUGAGAUUGCUGGUAGAGAGGGGAGUUUGUUUGAUGUGGCCACUCAAUCUCAUUGAGAUAAGCCAAACACUCAUCUCAGUUUGUAUGUAUGUAUGUAUGCAUGUAUUAUUUGAUUUGGUUAGUUGGAUGUGUGAAAGGGGGCCUAGAGAAAUAAAUAGAGAUAAGGAUGAGGGGUGGUGAUAUCCAUAUGUAGAAAAAAAAAAAGUGUUUUUAUUAGCUCAGCUCAGCUCUUUUGUGGUAUUUGCAUAUAAUAACGGCAGAGUUAUUCAUCAAAGUAGCAUAGUUAAUGCAGAGUGUGAACCUCUCUUUGGUUCAUCCAGUUUUGAUUUCAA